AUUCCGUUCUUGCCCUUCCCCCUCUCCGCAUAUCCUCUCUCCCCCCUCUUCCCUUUCCCCUCUAUUUCAUCGCCCCCGCCGCAGGACCUCCAGCACAAUCCCUACAUCCUUCUUCGUUCCCCUCGCCAUUGCCCAUUGGAGAUCGAGCCACAUAAUCCUCUGUCAGUCUGGCCGGAUGAAGUUCGGCAAGAGCCUGAGCAGCCAGAUCGUGGAGACGCUGCCGGAGUGGCGCGACAAGUUCCUGUCCUACAAGGACCUCAAGAAGCGGCUCAAGCUCAUCGGCAUCGGCGCCGGAGGGGAGGAGGAGCGGCAGGCCAAGCGCGCCCGCGUCGCUGAAGCCGCCGCGGAUGGCGAUGACGCCGCGCCGGCGCCGGCACCGGCGAUGACGCCGGAGGAGGCCGAGUUCAUGCGGCUCCUAGAGGCCGAGCUCGACAAGUUCAAUUCCUUCUUCGUCGAGAAAGAGGAGGAGUACAUCAUCCGCCAGAAGGAGUUGCAGGACAGGGUGGCGAGGGCGGCCGGGAUGGAGUCCAGGGAGGAACUGCUGCGAGUGCACAAGGAGAUCGUCGAUUUCCACGGCGAGAUGGUGCUGCUCGAGAAUUACAGCGCCCUCAACUACACUGGACUGGUCAAGAUUCUCAAGAAGUAUGACAAGAGAACUGGGGCCCUGAUCCGUCUGCCCUUCAUCCAGAAUGUGCUACUUCAGCCUUUCUUCACUACUGACCUCCUGUACCAGCUUGUCAAGGAAUGUGAGGCCAUGCUUGACCAGCUACUACCGUCAAACAAACCAUUUGUAUCAAGUGAAGAUGGACAAGAAAAUACUAACAGCGAGGACAAGUUGUCAAACCCCAGUUCUUCCUUGGUUAACAGCGGCUGCAUUCCAGAGCUUGACGAGAUCGAGUUCAUGGAGAGCAUGUACAUGAAAAGCACGGUCGCGGCGCUUAGAUCUCUGAAAGAGAUCCGGAGCAAAAGCUCGACUGUCAGUGCAUUCUCCUUGCCGCCUCUUCAGGGAAGCAAUGCACCAGAGGAGCAGGAAAGGUGGAAGAAGAUGUCUGUGAUUGAGCAGGCUGCCAAAUGACAAGAUGAGCACACGACACACGCCUCUUACUCGUAACGACCUUAAUCUUCGUGUUUGCUGGAGAUGGGACUGGGAUCUCACUCUCCCCGUCACAUAUUCAGUAAUUUGUAAAAUUCGAGGAUCCCUAACAGCUGUAAAAUGGUGGAAAUAUUCAAUGUACAUUGUUAAAUCACAUAAUGCCAUCAUGAUCAUCAAACUGAGCAAAUUUGGUUUUAUUCA